CCCAGCUAAUUUUUGUAUUUUUAGUAGAGACGGGGUUUUGCCGUGUUGGCCAGGCUAGUCUCAAACUCCUGACCUCAGGUGAUCAGCCCGCCUCGGCCUCCCAAAGCGCUGGGAUUACAGGCGUGAGCCACCAUGCCCAGCCCAUCUUUUCUGUUUUUAAAUCAAGCAUUGCUUGAAAAUAAUCCUUUUUUUACUUUUGUUUUGCUUAUUUAAUUUUUUUCUUUUUAUCUUAUGUUUAUUAUUAUUAUUAUAAUUUUUGAGACAGAGUCUCUCCGUUGCCCAGGCUGGAGUGCAAUGCUGCGAUCCUGCCUCACUGUAACCUCUGACUCCAGGGUUAAAGCAAUUCUCUUGCCUCAGCCUCCCGAGAAGCUGGGAUUACAGGCAUGUAACACCAUGCCUGGCUAAUUUUUGUAUUUUUAAUAGAGACAGGGUUUCACCAUGUUGACCAGGCUAGUCUUGAGCUCUUGGGCUCAAGUGAUCGGCCCACCUUUUCCUCCCAAAGUGCUGGAAUUACAGGCAUGAGCCACUGCUCCUGGCCUUUUUCCUUCUUUUGUUUGUUUGUUUACUUUAAAAAAUGUUUUCUUUUUUAUGUUUAUCUUAUCUUUAUUAUUUCUUAUGUACUUCAUUUACCACUAAACAAAUAACUUCUUUUAAAAAAUUUUUUUUUGAGGCAGGGUCUUGCUCUGUCACUCAGGCUGGAGUGAAACUGCAGCUUCAACCUCCCAGGCUCAAACGAUCUUUCCACCUUAGCCUCCUGAGUAGCUGGGACUAGAGACACAUGCCGCCAUGCCUGGCUAAUUGUUUUAUUAUUUGUAGAGACAGGUCUUGCUGUGAUGCCCGGGCUGGUCUUGAAGUCCUGGGCUCAAGCGAUCCUCCUGCCUCAACCUCCCCAAGUGCAAGGAUUACGGGCAUGAGCCACAAUGCCCAGCCUAAUUUUUUUAUUUUUGAAGAGACAGCAUCUCACUUUGCUGCUCAGGCUGCUCUGAAACUCCUGGCCUCAAGCAAUCUUCCUGCCUCAUCCUCCCAAAGCGCUGGGAUUACAGGCAUGAGCCACCAUGCCAGGCUGGAUAUGAUCAUAUUAUAGCCAGCAGCCUGUGUAACAGCAUAGGCAAUCACUUAAAAACCUAAGGAUACUGGCAGAACACGGUGGCUCACGCCUGUAAUCCCAGCAUUUCGGGAGGCCAAGGAGGGCAGAUCACUGGAGCUCAGGACUUUGAGACCAGCCUGGGCCACAUGGCCUAACCCCGUCUCUAUAAAAAAUCAAACAAAAUAAAAACCUAAGGAAACUUACCACUGGUUUGGUAGACGUGGGCGUGGCUUUGAGAUUCCCCCAUGCUGCGAUGUGGGGGGAGUCUGCUCUGUCUGUCCUAACUCUCUCUGAUCUUCUGACAUGGGAAAAACAAACUUGAAGUCAAUCAUUCCCAGCUCAAAGCCUUGUGCGAGUGCUCUCUGCCUUCACGCUUGCUUCCUUUGGGAGAGAACCUUCCUCUUCUUGAUCGGGGAUUCUGGAGGGAACCCAGGAGCAGAGGAAGUAGAGAGAGAGACAACAUGUUACAUCUGCACCAUUCUUGUUUGUGUUUCAGGAGCUGGCUGGCAGCAAUGCUCACUGUGCUGCUAAGUUUGGCGCCAUCAGCUUCCAGCGACAUUUCCGCCUCCCGACCGAACAUCCUUCUUCUGAUGGCGGACGACCUCGGCAUCGGGGACGUUGGCUGCUAUGGCAAUAACACCAUGAGGACUCCAAAUAUUGACCGCCUUGCAGAGGACGGCGUGAAGCUGACCCAACACAUCUCUGCCGCAUCUUUGUGCACCCCGAGCAGAGCUGCCUUCCUCACGGGCAGAUACCCUGUGCGAUCAGGGAUGGUUUCCAGCAUUGGUUACCGUGUUCUUCAGUGGACCGGAGCAUCUGGAGGUCUUCCAACAAAUGAGACAACUUUUGCAAAAAUACUGAAAGAGAAAGGCUAUGCCACUGGACUCAUUGGAAAAUGGCAUCUGGGUCUCAACUGUGAGUCAGCCAGCGAUCAUUGCCACCACCCUCUCCACCAUGGCUUUGACCAUUUCUACGGAAUGCCUUUCUCCUUGAUGGGUGAUUGUGCCCGCUGGGAACUCUCAGAGAAGCGUGUGAACCUGGAACAAAAACUCAACUUCUUCUUCCAAGUCCUGGCCUUGGUUGCCCUCACACUGGUAGCAGGGAAGUUCACGCACCUGAUACCCGUCUCGUGGAUGCCGGUCAUCUGGUCAGCCCUUUCGGCCGUCCUCCUCCUCACAAGCUCCUAUUUUGUGGGUGCUCUGAUUGUCCAUGCGGAUUGCUUUCUGAUGAGAAACCACACCAUCACGGAGCAGCCCAUGUGCUUCCAAAGAACGACGCCCCUUAUUCUGCAGGAGGUUGCGUCCUUUCUCAAAAGGAAUAAGCAUGGGCCUUUCCUCCUCUUUGUUUCCUUUUUGCACGUUCACAUCCCUCUUAUCACCAUGGAGAACUUCCUCGGGAAGAGUCUCCACGGGCUGUAUGGGGACAACGUAGAGGAGAUGGACUGGAUGGUAGGACAGAUCCUUGACACUUUGGACAUGGAAGGUUUGACCAACAGCACCCUCAUUUAUUUUACAUCAGAUCAUGGUGGUUCCCUAGAGAAUCAACUUGGAAGCACGCAGUAUGGUGGCUGGAAUGGAAUUUAUAAAGGUGGGAAGGGCAUGGGAGGAUGGGAAGGUGGGAUCCGCGUGCCCGGGAUCUUCCGCUGGCCCGGGGUGCUCCCAGCCGGCCGAGUGAUUGGCGAGCCCACGAGCCUGAUGGACGUGUUCCCCACCGUGGUCCAGCUGGCGGGCGGCGAGGUGCCCCAGGACAGAGUGAUUGACGGCCAAGACCUUCUGCCCUUGCUCCUGGGGACAGCCCAGCACUCAGACCACGAGUUCCUGAUGCAUUAUUGUGAGAGGUUUCUGCACGCAGCCAGGUGGCAUCAACGGGACAGAGGAACAAUGUGGAAAGUCCACUUUGUGACCCCGGUGUUCCAGCCAGAGGGAGCCGGUGCCUGCUAUGGAAGAAAAGUCUGCCCGUGCUUUGGGGAAAAAGUAGUCCACCAUGAUCCACCUUUGCUCUUUGACCUCUCAAGAGACCCUUCUGAGACCCACAUCCUCACACCAGCCUCAGAGCCUGCGUUCUAUCAGGUGAUGGAACGAGUCCAGCAGGCGGUGCGGGAACACCAGCAGACACUCAGCCCAGUUCCUCUGCAGCUGGACAGGCUGGGCAACAUCUGGAGACCGUGGCUGCAGCCCUGCUGUGGCCCGUUCCCCCUCUGCUGGUGCCUUAGGGAAGAUGACCCACAAUAAAUGUCUGCAGUGAAAAGCUGGA